AUGGAAGGGGCAGAUAAGUUCAGAUGUAUAGCAGUUUGGGGUGUGAUAAUGAUGAUUAUAAGCAUGGUGUACGGUGAGGAGGAGGCAGAAGUACCAAGUCCAUCACUGGUGACGGGCUCUGCUUCAAUGGCGAUCGUGCCAUCUCUGGCUACUACUCUUUUUAUUGCUGUGUUUGCCUACAGAAUAUGCAGGAAAAAUGUCCGUCCUAAUGUUGGGAGCAUUUCACAGACUGGAAACUGUAUAGCGCAGAAUUUGCAGGUGGCCAUGAAGAUCAAAGUGGGCAGACGGAUUUUCAACGCCAGAAAGGUGAAGCUCAGCCUUUUAUGCCUCUUUAGCAGGCAAAUCCGGCGCCUCUUUCACUGCCUGAGGUCGAAAAUAUCCUUGCUCAGGUCUCGGGGUCGAAUCCCCGGCUGCAUGAGACCUUCCCUGAAGAAGCCCGAGACUGGAAAUGGAACCCUCGUCCGCCCUUUGCAGUCUUCCUGUAGAAAGAAAGGUGUUCCAAAGGGAUGCGUGGCCAUUUAUGUAGGCGAGGAGAAGAAUCGCUAUGUGAUUCCCAUACUCUAUUUAUACCAUCCCUUCAUUUCUAAGCUUCUUGUGGAGGCGGAAAUGGAAUUCGGGUACCAUAACAGGGGGGCCCUGACGCUCCCUUGCCAUACAGACGACUUUGAGCAGCUCAAAUGGCUUAUUGAUCGGGAGAAAAGCUGAUACUUUUCUCAUCUGCGGACAUUUAUUUGAGUUUUAUUGUAACGGAAAACAUUUGUAUGUCGCGGGAUCGAAUCCUCUUGAGUGGUAGAUGAAAUGCACAGUGUUCCGUGUUCUGUCAUAUGACUGGAAAUGCUCGGUUGCGCGUUUAUUAACGGAUGAGAUGAAUUGCUGAACAGAAUUUCAUUGUGGUGAAUAGAUGAACAUCGUUUUCCUGCUGUGUAAA